AUAUACGUAUUAUAUAUAUAUAUAUAUAUCAAACCGAAUAUAUAUAAUUAAUAUAUAUAUAUAUAUAUAUAUACGUAUAUAUAUAUAUAUUUUAAAAUAACCCGAGAACGAUGACCACAACAGACUGUAAGAUGUCUACUACGGACAGGGUCAUCAAAAGUGUACCCUUUCCACCAAGUCAUCGAUUACAAACACUAGAGGUGUUUGACCCACGAGGCAAACCUAAACCUGAUGUUUUAAAGCAGCAUUUCGUGUUAGAAGGUAGAGUCACAGAGGAUGUAGCAUUAAGGAUUAUUAAUGAAGGAGCAGCAUUGCUGCGGCAAGAAAAGACUAUGAUUGACAUUGAAGCACCUGUUACAGUCUGCGGUGAUAUUCAUGGACAGUUUUAUGACUUAAUGAAGUUAUUUGAAGUUGGAGGACCACCAGCUACAACGCGUUACCUCUUUUUAGGAGACUAUGUUGACAGAGGAUAUUUUAGCAUAGAGUGUGUUUUAUAUUUAUGGGCCCUGAAGAUCUUAUAUCCAAAUACUUUUUUCUUACUCCGUGGAAACCAUGAGUGUAGACAUCUGACAGAAUAUUUCACAUUUAAACAAGAAUGUAAAAUCAAAUACACCGAACGAGUAUAUGACGCCUGUAUGGAUGCAUUUGACUGCCUGCCUCUAGCAGCCUUAAUGAACCAACAAUUUUUGUGUGUCCAUGGAGGUCUCUCACCAGAAGUACAUACUUUAGAAGAUAUAAGAAAAUUGGACAGAUUCAAAGAACCACCAGCAUUUGGUCCAAUGUGUGAUUUAUUAUGGUCCGAUCCUCUGGAAGAUUUUGGCAAUGAAAAAACUACAGAACACUUUACACACAAUAGUGUUAGGGGUUGCUCAUAUUUCUACAGCUAUGCAGCAUGUUGUGAUUUCUUGCAACAGAAUAAUCUAUUAUCUAUAAUCAGGGCACAUGAAGCUCAGGAUGCUGGGUAUCGUAUGUAUAGGAAAAGUCACCAAACUGGUUUUCCGUCAUUAAUAACUAUAUUUUCAGCACCUAAUUAUUUGGAUGUAUACAACAAUAAAGCGGCAAUUCUCAAGUAUGAAAAUAACGUAAUGAAUAUUAGGCAGUUCAACUGCUCUCCACACCCAUAUUGGCUGCCAAACUUUAUGGAUGUUUUCACAUGGUCUUUACCAUUCGUGGGAGAAAAAGUUACAGAGAUGUUAGUAAACGUCCUUAAUAUCUGUUCAGAUGAUGAGUUGAUGACUGAAGGAGAUGAUACAUUUGAAGCUGAACUUGCAAAGAAGACAGAACAACUUCAACAACAACAUCAACAACAACAACAACAACAACAACGUCAAAUCUCAGGGAUUAGUGAAGACCAUAUCACAGGGUUCAACACUGUUGCUGCCAGGAAAGAGGUCAUCAGAAACAAGAUUCGAGCCAUCGGUAAAAUGGCUAGAGUAUUUACUGUACUGAGGGAAGAGAGCGAAAGCGUACUGCAGUUGAAGGGACUUACUCCAAAUGGUUUGCUACCUCUCGGAGCGCUAUCUGGUGGCAAAGAUACUCUGAGAAGUGCUAUCGAUAAUCCGAACGAGGAACCAGCUAUCAAAGCCCUCAGCGGUUUUUCUCCUACCCACAAAAUAAGUGGGUUCGAUGAAGCCAAGAGUUUGGAUAAAUUGAAUGAACGCAUGCCCCCGAGAAGAGAUGCAGUCAAUACCAAUAACAAGGAGAAAGCGUAAUGGGGGACAAAAACCCUCUUCUCUCCACCAAGGCUGUUAUUCUUCCGGGCUGGAGUCUACCAUCACAUGCAGGGGAACGAAUGCUGAGCUCUGUGUGCAGGGUCCAGCUGUGAACAGCUCUGUUGAUCUCACCUUGUACGAUUUGCUACCUGGGAUGUAUGAUUAUAUCAGAAUUCAAUGUAUACAUAUUUUAUACCUAUUUAAUGGUUCUUUACCCCUCCCCUGCUGGCAACCUGCAAAUACAAUUGGUAAAUGCUGUUUUGUGAUGUGAUGUUUCUUUCCUUUUCUUCAAUAAAAAAAAUGCUUCCUUUCUAGUAAAAAAAAAUUUAAAAAGUUAAUAAAUUAUAAAACUAUCUGAAAAAUAAAAUGUAAAAAUUUAACAUGAAAAUUCAUUAUUAAAUAUGGUAAUUUACUGAGGUGAAGUGAGUUCAAACUUUUCGAAUGCCACUAGGAAAGUUUAAAGUUUUCUUCAACUCUUUUAUACCAGUUGUGUGGCAGUAUUAUUUAUGAGGGAAGUUCAUGAGCAGAUGUUGCCAGGGAUAUUCCCAAUAUCAACAUCUGGACUUAAAUACUGCCUUGUCGUUGUAUGCAAGCCUCUCAUUGGGGUAGAAUUGAUUCUUUCAUCUUUUUACAAAAUUUCCGAAACAAACACAUUCUUUUAGUUUUAGCCCAAUCUUUAUUUUGAACUGUGGGCUAAAAAAAAAUUAUAAUGAUGAUGUGAUGAUGAUGAUGAUAAAGAUGAUGAUGAUGA